UUUCCCACGACUUUCGUGCUUCCAUUUUUCAGAGAACGUUCAUUUUCUAUUCAAUGUCGGUAUGAGUUGAAAAGUAAUAAUCUUCUGGUGAUUAUUGAGGGUGUACUAAUUUUAAUAAAGUUUUAGAGGUGAAAAAUUGUGGAUAUUUGUUAAGUUGGGUUUAAAAGUGCAGAAGAUAAUUAGCAAAAAAAUUGUUUAAUAAAAAUGUUUAAAAAACAAAAGUGAAAAAGAAACGCUGAAAAUUGAGGAAAAAACUUCACGUUUCAUGCCGGUGUGGCUGGUAUUGCAGAAGUAUAUACCGUUUUAUAUACAUAUAUAUAUAUAUAUAUACAUUAUUUAAUUGAAGGCUGAUUGAGGCGGAGGCGAAAGGAAGUAAAGUUAAAAAUUGAAAAAAUAUAUAUUGGUAAAUAAUUGCCAUGGCUGACGGUGCCGUGCUAGAUCUUUAUGCUGAAGACCUGGAUAAAGAUUUUGCCGCGCAGAACCAGGAUGAAUUUGCUGGUGAAGGCGUGGAUUUAUAUGACGAUAUAGGUGGUCCGACAGAAUCUGCAUCUGUUACUUCAGGCGCGACAGUGUCUGCUAAUUCAGCAGAAAACGCGACGCCAGUGGUUGGCAGUGACACAGCCGGGAAUGGUGGCGGCUCAAAUGGUCUUUACCAUCAAAGUGGUGGUAGUUUAACCCCUAAUCAUAUGGGCCGACGUUAUCAACUCUAUGUCGGCAACUUAACUUGGUGGACAACUGACCAAGAUAUUGCUAACGUUAUGCGUGAAAUCGGGGUAAACGACUUCCAAGAGGUGAAGUUUUUUGAAAACAGAUCGAAUGGUCAAUCGAAAGGAUUCAGCGUUAUAUCACUUGGAUCCGAAGCAAGCUUACGGCUAGUCUUAGAACGUCUGCCAAAAAAAGAGCUGCAUGGUCAAGCUCCGGUAGUAACGUAUCCAACAAAGCAGGCGUUGAACCAGUUUGAGAGUUUACAGAAGACACGUCCGGUACCACCGUCGCAACAGAAUGGACCACCACGUGGUCCCGCGCCUCCGAAUAUGGGCGUGGGUGGACCAUUGCCUCCACAUCCAGGUGGUCAAGGCGUACCUCCCGGUCAUCCACCACGUAUGAUGAAUCCCAAUAUGGCACCCGGUCAGUACCGCCCACAACAUAUGCCACAGGGUCCACCUGUAGGACCGAAUGCGGGCCCACCACGUAUGCAGGCGCCAAUGCAUCAGGGCGGCGGACACAUGGGGCCACAACAACCAUUGCCCGGUCCACCGCCACGCUAUCCGCCCAAUCAAGGACAGUGGGCGGCUACAGGACAGCCACGUCCGAAUGGACCACGUACAGGACCGCCAAAUGGACCGCCGCAGCGUCCUCAAAUGUUUCAAGGUCCACCAGGAGGAAUGCCGAUUCGGGGUCCACGUCCAGACUGGAGUAGACCACCUAUGCAUGGAGGCUUUCCGCCUCAAGGUCCACCUGGUGGUCCACCGCAAGGACCUCCUCACAUGCAAGGUCCGCCACGUGGUCCGCCUGGUGGCCCUCCUCAACUGGGCCCGGGCGGGCCUCCAGGAGGCCCUCAUGGAGGUCCUGGUGGGCCAGCACCACACGUGAAUCCGGCAUUCUUCGCUCAGCCGGGCGGCCCGCCUCAACAUCCGGGCGGUCCACCUAUGAGUGGUCCCCCCCACGGCCCUCCUGGACCGCCGCAACAGGGAAUGGGUAUGCCACCACAGCAUGGCCCACCACCUCAUUUUGCCCAACAAGGGGCACCUCGCGGUCCAUGGCCGGGUCCUGCUCCAGCGAAACCACAAGGUCCGUUUCCAGACCAGACAUUAGGCCCACAGUUAACCGAAGUAGAAUUUGAAGAGAUCAUGAGCAGAAACCGUACUGUAAGCAGUUCAGCUAUAGCCAGGGCCGUUUCAGAUGCAGCAGCUGGUGAAUAUUCCAGUGCGAUUGAAACUCUGGUCACGGCUAUUUCUCUUAUCAAACAGUCGAAAGUGGCGCACGAUGAGCGUUGUAAAAUAUUGAUCAGCUCUUUGCAGGACACUUUGCAUGGCAUCGAAACAAAAAGUUACAAUCGCAGAGAGCGUUCACGAUCGCGAGAGCGGACCCAUCGCCCUAGGCAACGCAGGGAGCGUUCAUCAUCUCGUUAUAGAGAGCGCUCACGUGAUAGGGAGCGUGAACGUGACCGUGAUCGUGAAGGAGGAUAUAGGGAACGUUCUAGAAGCCGAGAACGUGAACGCCCCGUCCCAGAUCACUAUAGAGAUGAUAGCUCCAGUCGUUCUGCACGUCCACGUAAAUCUCCUGAAGCCAUCGCGGAGGUAGUAAGUGAUGUGCCAUCGAAACGCAGUUAUUACGAGGAGCGUUAUCGAUCAUCAGAUCGUGAUCGUGAGCGCGACAGAGAACGGGAGCGAGAGCGUGAUAGAGAUCGGGAUCGGGAAAGGGACCGUGAUCGGCGUGAGGAACAUCGCUCGCGGCACUGAAUAGACAGUGGGGCAUAAGAGUAAUCCAAAUCAACGCUUGCAACAAAGUAAAUAAAUAUACACAACAAGAAAGCAAUCAACGGUACUUUUAAAAGUCGUACACUUUGAUUGCGUGCAAUGCAGAAAUCAUAGGAAAAUAAUCAACCACGACAGGCUCCAUAGCAAAGUUUGUUUGCGAAUUUUCACUUUCAAUUGAUUACCAUUAUUUUUAAUAGAUUUAAAUGAUCUAAACAUGCAAAAUAUAAAAUAACAUAAUUUUAAAGAAAUCGCAAAAUGCGGUUUCAGGAUAGACGACUUCGAAUGGAAAACAGAAUUAGCUCAGCGGAAUCGUCUUGAUAAAAAUAUAUAAGGAAAUAUACAUACAUAGAUGUAAACUCUUAAGUCGGAAACUAUCAAUUUGAAACGCGUCAUGCAAAUCUUCAAUCAAGGUUUUAGCAGGAAUAUAUCCAGCAAUAUUUUUGAAGGAAAAGCGGUUAUAUUACAUACUUGCAUUACGCAGUAUAUAUACAUACAUGAACUCAAGAUUUAUUAAGUGGAAUUGUAACAACUGGCGGCAUCAGUAAAUAGCGUUUGAUUAUUUGCGAAAUCUUUCCUGCGCGUUCACAUCAGAAGAAGAUUGUAUAUUGAUAUUUCCAUUUAUUAAUAAAAAAAAAUUAAAAUGUUAAAUUGCAAACUACUGUAUUAUUGUCUUUUAUGCUGAAUUACCUAUUUAUAUAAUUAUAUAAUCACUCUUAUAUAUGAAUGUCUUUACACAUUUAGAUGCACCACUGUUUCGUGCGACAUUAUGAUUAUUGUUAUUUAUUAUUUAUCAGCCCUAUAUUUAUUAUUAUUGUUAACUUCCUUCUCAUAAUAAUAUUGUUUUCAUUGUUUAUUUUUAUUUGAAUGUAAAAUAUCCGUGUACUAACAGUAAACGUCGUAACACCCUUCUGAUUGCACACAGUACUAACAAACAAACUUUAUACAUAGAUUUCCUGCCGUAUAUAUUGAUAAUUUGAUACUUUCGAUUUUCUUUAAGUACCUAGAUCUGUAAAUUAAAAAUUUUCGGGAAAAGGUU